AUGGCGUAAACGAAUGGAUACCACUCGAAUCUUUUGACUAUUGAAAGGUUCAUUGGGGCCUUCUUCAACAAAACUCCGACUUAUGACGUCACAUUCUGGCCUGUAUCGAUGAAUAUAAAAAAACGGCACGGGGAUAAUUAGUCAAGACUUUAGUGUCAACUAGGUGACCAAUAAAAACCAGCAAGUUGGGGUUGUAAUCCUGACGAGGAGUGCCAGAGCACAUAACAGUUCCUACUGUUUGACGUGUAGUAAUCCCAGCAUAAUUUUGUUAGUCUCAUUUAUUAUUUUCAGUCUAAAAAGGUGUGACUUUACCUUUACAAAUUAUAUAAAAGUCGGACUUGUGAACACGGAAGUCCAACUGGAAACUUUGAGGGAAGUGAGCAAUUGCAUUAGGAUUUGAAAAAUAUGGAAGGAUUAAAGACAUCCAUUUGCUCAUUGCUUUUUUUCAUCGUCGCUACAACUUCCCUCGAGAUUAAAUCACAACAUAUUCGGGAAAAACAUUUGGUUGAUCAAUUAGACAAAGUACGGGAGCAGUUAAAAGACUUAUCUCAUUCCGUAGACACACUACGAACUUUCACACAAAGGGAGGCUUGCGCUCUCAGUCUUAAUGUAGAUAUUUGCACAGAGAAAUACAUUGAGGAAACGGCAGACCAUCAAAGCAAAUUACAGAACCUAAUAGAAGGGAACCCAGGAAAGAGGCGACCGAAGAGAGCGGCUGAUAUGUCCCUAGAUUUAUUUGUUGAAGAUUUGCUGAGAAAGAAUGCUGCUUUGCAGUCAAUACAACAGAUAUUAAAUAACAUGUCCAAGACAGUUCACCAAGAAAAGAAGAGAAGUUGCACACUGAAUCUGGCUUAUCAUUGCCAAACCUCCGAGUAUGCGGGCCUGACCGAUCUUUACAACUACCUUAACAGCAACGCCAGUCCCGGCAAGAGGAGAUGAUCAUUGGAGAGAAUACCCAAAUAAACAUUACGCACAUUCUAUGUCUCAUGCUGAGUUUUAAUUAUUUAUUCCAUUAAUUCGCCAACGUUUUAGAGAUACAGGUAUCACAUAUAUAAGGUUUAAAUGUAUGGUAAAUUUUGCACAUACAUCUAUAGGCAACAUUUUCGAUUGUUCACAUACAACCGGUUGUUCUAAUAAAGAGAGGCAAAUGUAAAAUUUGAA